AUGGACUUUCUGGAUUUAUUUUUGAUGAGACAAUGUUUGAUUUUCCAGCAAAGGUUCUUUCUUCAGUUACUGGAGUUCUUUAACUACCUCCAACAACACGAAUUAGAUCAACACCCUCAAUUAAACAACUACAUGUACUUGGCCAUGCUUAAAGGCUGGCAUGUAGCCAUGCCCUACGCUGGCAUUGGUUAA